CUUGCCUUGGCGCCAGAAGAAUUAAAGCAUCUUGAAGGGGACCCCGAGGUCACGCAUUUUGCCCAGUUUUCCAUUGGCCUCCAGAAGUCGGAAACGGAGCUUGAGCAUUUGGGUGACUUGAAGUUUGCGCUCUUUGGAAGCGUCGUUCCCAUCACCGUCGCCAACUUCAUCACCAGUAUCGAGCAGGAAAUCAAUGGCUACACCAACUCUAUUAUCCACAGAGUGGUCAAGGGCGUUAUUGCGCAGGGCGGCUUCUUGAAGAAAGUGGCCUGGAAAGAGUACGAGCCAAUUGCCUACGAGAGAUUCCCAUGUGAAAACUUCCAGAUUCUCCACAACAAGCCCGGCCGUAUCUCGUUGGCCAGCACCCAGGACGACACCAACGGGAUGUCGUUUUUUAUCUCCAUUCCGCAAAGCACCCUGUAUUUCGACAACAAGUACGUGGUCUUUGGCCAGCUCGUGCUGGGCUUCGACGUUCUCCAGCAGAUCAGCGAGACCCCCGUCAAUGGAGAGACCCCCAUUGGCGAAAUCGUGAUCACCAAGUCUGUCUACAUGGACCCAUCCUCUGUGCCCAUGGUCAUGGACUUUGGCGCGGUCACCGGCGAGUACUCGCUUUUCAUUUACGGCGCCAUAGCCUCGGCCGUGCUCUUUGCUAUCUAUCGCUUGAGAAACCGCAGAGGUCUUGUUGAUCUCAAGGGCUUCAAG